CUGGCUAAGACAUUGUCUACUUCUCAACCAUACGUCAGACAAUGUAACAUUUAAUAUCUAAAUUAUUUGGAAAAAAAAGAAAAAAGAAAAAUAGUGCUAAUUAUCUAAAACCCUGUACAUAAAACUAUGAGUUAAAUUUUGAUUAUAAAAAUAUCAUAUGAUUGCGUAUUUGCUCGCACGACCCAAAAUAAAAUAUGCCCAAUUGCCCAUCUGUAAACAUGACCACUAACCUUAACUUAUUUAUUUUUAAAUCAACAAAAUUAAUCCUCCCUCUUUCUUCUACUAUAUCCCACCAUCUCCAUAAACUCUACCUCAAUACACUUACUCAUCAUAUCAUAUAUAUCUUCAUCCUCUCUCUUUUUUUUUGUAUUUUGAGCCAAAAAAAAUACAUAUUCUCCACUUUUUAAGACAACCCUUUUAAUUAUAUUAGGAGCACACAGUUAUUUAUUUUUUGGUGCUCCUGCUCCAACUAAUUAUUAACUAUGGUUAUGGAAAAUAAACAUAGAACAAGUUCAUAUUUUACCAACGAACAAGAUGACCCCCAAAGCUCAUCAGAAAAUGGACCUGAUUCGCCACUCUCCGGCGAUGACUUGAGAACAACCGCCACUGCGCCUUCUCCCAAGAAAAGCAGAAGGAGCAUACAAAAAAGAGUGGUAUCAAUUCCAAUAGGAGAUGUAGAUGGAUCAAGGAGCAAAGGAGAGGCAUAUCCACCGUCUGAUUCAUGGGCGUGGAGAAAGUACGGUCAAAAACCAAUCAAAGGCUCUCCUUAUCCCAGGGGAUAUUAUCGAUGUAGUAGCUCUAAAGGAUGCCCGGCUAGAAAGCAAGUAGAAAGGAGCCGUGUGGACCCCACUAUGCUUGUUAUUACAUAUGCUUGUGAGCAUAACCACCCUCUACCCACUACCAAGCACCACCACCAUCACCACCAAAACAACCAUCAAACAAUUGUCACGGCCACCACUACUGCACCACCGCCAGUCGCUUCUCCAAGCACCCCAUCUCCGGCAACUCCUCCUAUUUCUACUGCUCCAUCUGAUUCGGCGGAAGACGGCGGCGAAGAAACAUCGCCGUCAUCACCAUUGCACAUUAAUCCGUUUGGUGAUCCACCCCUUUUGGAAUUUGUUGGUGGUGACUCACUUAUGUUAGGGAGUUUGGGGGUAGAAUUCAACUGGAUAUCUGAUUUAUCAUUUGACACACCUGCAUUAGUGGGUCCCACAUUUGAUGACGCUGAAGUGGCAACAUUUCCAAUGAAAGAGGAAGAUGAAUCAUUAUUUGGGGAUUUGGAUGAACUCCCUGAAUGCUCUUUAGUUUUUCGGCGUGGCCAAGGAAGCAUUGAAAGGUGUACUACUACUGCCACUCCCAUAUGUGGUAGUACAUAAUCUUUCCAAAAAAAAAAAACGAUUUGUAACUUUUUUUUAUUACUUCCUUUGCUCCAAAAAAAAUUGAAAUGCUAUCCGAUAUUGUAAAAAGUUGGAUAUUCGUGAAUUUGAACAAAUAGCAACACUUAUUUUGAAGCAGAGGAAGUAGUAUUUUGUUUCUAAUCCCUUUGUUCAAACUUUUAUGCUGAUUGUUUAGUUGUUAUAUAUACACCAAGACAUGUUGUUACUAUACUACAAAGAGUUGAAGAAUUCAAACGA